CCGUUUUUCAAACAUCACACAUCCUCCAAAACCACCAAAAAUGUCUUCUUCCAAACUCAGAAAACCAUGUUCCUUCACAAUCCUCAUCCUCAGUUCCCUAAACUUCACACUUUUCCUCCUCUCCGCCGCAUCAUUCGCACCAACCAUUCUCCUCAAAAUGCCUCCAACUUCAUUCGGCAUGGCCUUCCUAAUGGUUUCCACCAUCUCACUCUUCUCAUCUUUCAUCGGUUUCUACUCCCACCUCACACAUUUAUGUUUCCUCACUCACAUUUCCCUCGCACUCGCCUCAUUGACGGGACAAAUCCUCACAAUACUCGCUUUAUUCACCAAAGAGAAAGCCAGCCUUAAGAUGCUAAACUCAUCACGGGACCCUAAAGAAGCUAAACUUUUGGUGAGACUUGAAUGCGGGGCGUUGAUGGCUAUGUGUUUGUUGCAAUUUGUUGUGUUGGUGUUGAGUUGUUUGGUGAAUAGCUGUGUGGUGAAGAAUUACGAGGAACUUGAAGCGGAGAAGGAGGCUAUUGCGAGGAAGAGGAGUAGGAGGAUUGCGAAAGUGCAAGAGGAAUCGACUGGGAAUGUUGCUAAGAUUGGUGAGGUUAAAGAUAAGGAGUUUGAUGAGAAAAUGAAAAGCAAAUAUGGACAGUGCCAGUGGGUGAAGACUGAUUUUGAACCAUGAGACAAAUUCUAAACAUCUUGCUAUGUAUUUGUAUGAUUGAUUUUCAGUUGCCCGUUGUUGUUGGUUUGGGGUCACUAUGGUGUGGCUUUUGAAUUUGAAUUUGAAUGUGUGAGCAUUUGAGGUAGAAUUGUAAUAUGGGGAAUUUAUAUUGCCUUGUUGUGACCAUCCAUCAUGUUAUUAUUUAUUAAUUAACAAUAUGUUUGUA